UCAUCCUUUUUUUUACGGAUUUAUGCGCAAUUCUUCUUUUUUUGCGCACUGAAAUGAAAAACGCGGGAAAACGACCGCGCAUGACUAUGGGUUUAUUAUCAGCGCCUCUCACGACCCGGUCUCGGCUCUAUUCUUCGAGAAGAACAGACCCAUGAUGACGGAGAAAAAAAAAAGAGGGGACAGAGUUACGGCUCACGGGUGCGGGCCGCUACAAACAAAUCACUGGAUGGUUUUUGAUGGAAAUUUUCGGGGUUUACGGUGGUCCACAAAGGGUGUGAUGAACGAAUGGCGUUCCGGUCGGAUCUUUAGUCUGAUGACUUGUUGUUUUCUUCUCUUUCUCUCUAAACCUUUGCCGUGUAUCCUCAUGACUUACACGUGCCUGGGUUUUCUUCGUUGCUGCUAACGGUUUUCGUUUUGAUCUCCCGAUUUUGUCUGUAUUUCCCCCCCUUUUUAUGUACUGGUUUUUCUUUUUAAGAUUGUUGCUACGCUCAAGGCGGCGCGUAAAUGGAAUUGCGAGGGAAGGAAAGGGACAAAGAGGGGAAAGGUCGGGCGGAAAUCAAAUAUUUUCUCUUUUCUGUUGUUUGGACGACUCUUUGGUGGUGCUUGUUUUUUAUGUCUUCUUCUCCGGGGUGAGGAGGGAGAGAGGCUUUGCGCAAAGGCAGGCAAGACGAGGAAACAACAGCACGUGCGCAAAGUAAAACAACAAAUCCCCUAGGGAAAUAUCUUGUUCUAUAUGAAUCCUUGCAAUUCUUUCUUUCUUCUUGUUUCUAUGAUGGCAUGAUUCAAUCGGCGGUCCACACCCCGUUAUAUGUCGCCAUCAUUCAAUAACUAA